CGGUGGCGACAUCUCGCGCCAGCGGCGUCGACGGGGGCGAGAUUUGACAGCCGCAUGGACGACGCGGAAACGUCAAAGCCGAGAUGUAGAGAUCCCGAGGAGCAAUAAGAAGAUUAAGAACAUGAUUGAUGAGAAGGGUGAAGCGCACAACCGGAGGUAACGUAUCCAAACGGAUUCGGAUAACGGAUCGAGGUUACCUAAUCUUUGGGAAGAGAGGCUCUCGGGGGCCGGGAAACGUCGCGGAGCGUUGACGGUUUUGUCGAACGGCGGAGAGAUGUUUAUAGUGACGAAGGAGAUCGACAGCGAGAACAUCAGCAAAUUGUGCCGGACGUGCCUGCGUGAGGACGGCGACAAGAUGGUGUGCCUGUUCGUGGGACCGGCCGGCUCCUCGCUCGCCGCCAAGCUGCGAUCUCUCUCCUGUCUGGAAGUCUGGCAGGGAGACGGCCUGCCCGAAAAGAUGUGCGACCGUUGCGUCACGAGGGCGGAGUCGGCACUUUUGUAUCGCGAGCAGUGUCGCGCCGCGGACAGAGCCCUGAGGCAGGCGGCGUUGAAGGUGUCCAGGCUGACGUCGUACACCACCGUCUCCGGGUGCAAGCUCUAUCAGAAUCAGCAGAGUCAGGGAUUCGUGCCCGUGCAGAAUUCUCACAAGACGCUCAAGUGCGUGGAGUGCGGCGCGGUGUUUAUGAGCUACCAGGAGCUCUGCGCGCAUAAUCGACUACACCUGCCCUUUAUUCAGGACAACAUACCCAUGCAACAUAUGCACAUCGUGGAGUCGCAGAAUCCGUAUCUCAAUUUCACUCACGUCAGCUCGAACUUCGCCAACAACAGUGUCCCGAGCGCGCAGCUGUCUCCGCUAGUCAGACCAAGUGUGAUGCAUACUAUGUCGCUGAACGAAGAGAAUUCGAGUCGCGCCGCCUGUGCCUUACACUGCUCUCUGUGCAAUCACACCUUUACCAAUAGGAGGCAGUUGAUAAGUCACAAUAUAACGCACAACAGCACAGAGAGCGUCGAUAUGUCGUGCGACAAUGAAAACAUCGAGAUCUGCGAGAAUUCCAAUCAUAUCCCACAAAAUCUCAGCUACGAGAGGUCGAUCCACUCCGUCGACAAUCCCAUUCAGAACUUGUCGUACCAGAGAUCCACCGUGGACGACGCCGACGGGAUGCAGAACAUAAACUUCCCGGAAAACAUUGAUCUCGAUGGCGUCCAGGAGAACAGCUCGGAACGCAUGCAGAACGUAACGAUACAUUCCGAGAACGACGUGUCGAUUGCCGAGAACUUGAGGUUCAUAAAGUCGCCUGGGAGAGACAGGCAGCUCGCGAUUGAAUACCACGGUUGUCCAGGCGACGACAAUUACAAGCAGCCUCUCGACGUAAAAGCCGCGGAAGAUGUCCACUCUAAGAAGCAUCGGUGCGAGAUAUGCUCGAGGCAAUUUUUGCAAAAGUCCAAAUUAUUCGCUCAUCAAUUGUCACACUCCGGCCAGCAACCGUUCAAAUGCCUGAGCUGCGGCAAAAGUUACGCAUCCAAGAGCAAACUCAGCGCGCAUAUGAGAUUGCACACCAAAACCAACGUGCAUCAAUGUAAAGUGUGCGACAAGAUAUUUUCGUACCCGUCGUACCUGGAGGAGCACGUAAAGGUCCACAACAAGAGCGACAAUACACCUCGGAGCAAGGACUACGAAUGCAGCACUUGCAGCAAGCGUUUUCGGCUUUUGAAAAAUUUGAAAGCUCACGAGAGACUUCAUACCGGAAGGGGUUUGGUGCAAUGCGAAAUUUGUGAUAAGAAAUUUAGCCAUAAUUAUAAUCUCAAGAUGCACCUGCGAACGCACAAGACGUCGAGGGUGCACAAGUGCGAGUACUGCGACAAGCGCUUCGUACAGAAGGGCAAUCUGGUCGAGCAUUUGCGAAUUCACACUAAAGUGAAGCCUUUCGCGUGUAAAUUGUGCGGCAAGAGAUUCGCGCAGUCGAGUCACCUUAAAAGCCACGAGAUCUCGCACGGCACAGUGCGGCAACACCAGUGCCGACUGUGCGGAAAGAGAUUCAAGCUGGCCAAUCAUUUGAAACGGCAUUUAAAUUUACAUACCGGUUCGAAGACUUAUAAGUGCAAUCAGUGUAACCAAAUGUUUUCGCAGUCUUUUAGUCUGACGAGACACUUGAAGAAGCAUAGUGAAUUACACAUAUAAUUUAUGUAUAAUAAACUGUAAUUUAUGUACAUAUCAAUGCGAAUGGCAAUUGCGAAUAUAUGUUUUAUAAUUAUUAGA